UCCGUGAUUUGGAGGGCGUCUGGGUCGGAGAGAACUGUUGAAAUAUAUUGUCCAGCUCCCUUCAUCAGUUCGGACUUUUGAAUGAGUUAGCUGGAGCAUGAAUUCAAUAUGGUAUCCAAGCCAAGAGGUCUUGAGUUCAAGACCCUGCCAACGCAAGUGUUGAAAUAUAUUGCCCACCUCCCUCCAUUAGUUCGGACUUUUGGGUCGAGUUUGUUCCAGAUAUUCCUUGUGCACUUCUGCCUUCCGGGAAGCCUUUGGUGCCUGGCUAUGCCAUGAGUUUCAUGGAAAGGAAGUCAUCAAAACCAUUCAGGCGCGUAUGGUGGGACGAGAUUGUUCCAACUGUUGUCACCAGAGCCGAGCCUCACAACCACGUCAUCUUGCACUCGACGCAGGACCGGGUCCUGACCAUCCGCGAGAAUGCGAGGCUGCAAGGCUUCCCAGACUACUACAGGCUCUUUGGCACUAUAGAGCAGAAAUAUACUCAGGUCGGCAAUGCGGUUGCCGUCCCAGUCGCUCGAUCCCUCGGGCGUGCUUACAAGGGUGAAAUCGACGGAGACCGGCCCCUGUUCGAACUACCCGAGAGUUUCAGCCUUUUGGAUCAAGCGUCUGCCACAAGAUCGCCCGCAGGAGUAGGAAUUCUCAGCGGCGAAGUAGAAUGAUUGUUUGACUGGUUAUGUUGAUUUGGGUCAUAGUUAUGCACACACUUGUGAAGAAAAUUUUGCAACUUAGCUGAGCUGCAUCUAAGAAGUGACUGGCA